AUGAAGAACAAACUUGAUCCAAGGCUAAAGCACCCAGAUAAGGAGGCAAAGAUGAUGAUUCAUCCAAGGCGGGAGCAUUUCAGGGAAGUCUCUGGAGAGUAUAAAGUAUUGAGAUUAGUUGAUAGAAAGGUUCAGGAUGAUACUAGAGCUUCAGAAUUGGAGGUUUAUACUCUUGGAGUUUAUGAGAAAUGGAGAAAUGCGGAUGAAAUUCCAUGUUCUGUAUGGUAUGAUUUUGGCAAGGCUAACGCCAAUGGUGCUCUUCAUUGGAUGGAGAGCGAAAAAACUAACUGCAUUUACUCCUUCGAUGUUGAGACAGAAAAGAUCAAGUCCCUGCCUGCUCCACCUGGUUUGGAAACUCCAUCCUCGAACUUGAGGCUAGCAAAGUUGGGGAACUGUUUGUGUUUGACUGAUAAUAUCCACAGAUGGAAUGUUAAUAUUAAUAUAUGGUGGAUGAAAGAGUAUGGCAUUGCAAAUUCUUGGACUAAAACUAGCAUUUUGGUGGAAUCUAUUCCGCGUGGUAUGGUUAACUAUAGUUUUGAACCGAUAUUUAUUUGGAAAGAUGGAGAAAUCUUGUUUCAAAGUCGCUCAAAACUAGCUUGGUACAACCCAGAAAUGAAGACGUUCAGGGUGGUUAAUGUUGACGGUGAUGUCAUUACAUCAACUAAAUACACUCCAAGCUUUUAUUCGCUCAAGACUAUCAUGGGGGACGACUUUCAAGUCACAAAUGUUUAUCCGAAGACUGCGAUAGUUUAG